CCACCCCUUCCCAUGUAAAGAUCACCGUUCAUCGCUUUCCAGCUAGCGGAUCCCUGCUUCUCCCCGGGUCUGGACAAGCCCUUUCCAAAAGUUCCUCCCCACCGCUUUCCAUGUUGCCCACGGCUCCUCACUUCCCUCCGAUGAGAAAACCUUGCCCAUCCUGCGAGGCACCAUCGGCCGGAUCUCAGCUGCCCUCCUCCUGAAGACCUUGCUUCCUCGGAGCUGAAGAUCGAACCGCUCACUCCUCGCCCAAGAGGAGAGACAGAGAGAGAGAGUGAGAGAGAGAGAGAGAGGUCCCUUCCCUGUAGAUCCCCGAUUCUCCAGAGAAUCAGCAACGAUCUCUACCCUGGGCAGCGACAAGACAUCUGGGCACCAGCUCCCAUUCUGCCCCCCCACACGGGAGCUCUCUGACCGCCAGGCCGGCCGAGAGAAGUGUCCAGUCCCUGCCCCGAGAGAGGAGUGUCCAGUCUCUGCCCCGAGAGGAGUGUCCAGUCUCUGGCCCGAGAGGAGUGUCCAGUUUCUACCCUGAGAGAGGAGUGUCCAGUCUCUGGCCCGAGAGGAGUGUCCAGUUUCUACCCUGAGAGAGAAGUGUCCAGUCUCUGGCCCGAGAGGUGUCCAGUUUCUACCCUGAGAGAGGAGUGUCCAGUCUCUGCCCCGAGAGAGGAGUAUUCAGUCUCUGGCCCGAGAGAGGAGUGUCCAGUCUCUGCCCCGAGAGGAGUGUCCAGUUUCUGUCCUGAGAGGAGUGUCCAAUCUCUGCCCCAGGAGGAGUGUCCAGUCUCUGCCCUGAGAGGAGUGUCCAGUAUCUGGCCUGAGAGGAGUGUCCAGUUUCUACCCUGAGAGAGGAGUGUCCAGUCUCUGCCCCGAGAGAGGAGUGUCCAGUCUCUGGCCUGAGAGAGGAGUGUCCAGUCUGCCCUGAGAGGAGUGUCCAGUCUCUGGCCCGAGAGGAGUGUCUAGUCUCUGCCCCGAGAGGAGUGUCCAGUUUCUACCCUGAGAGAGGAGUGUCCAGUCUCUGCCCCGAGAAGAGUGUCCAGUCUCUGGCCUGAGAGGAGUGUCCAGUCUCUGGCCUGAGAGGAGUGUCCAGUCUCUGCCCCGAGAGGAGUGUCCGGUUUCUACCCCGAGAGGAGUGUCCAGUCUCUGCCCUGAGAGGAGUGUCCAGUCUCUGUCCCAAGAGGAGUGUCCAGUUUCUACCCUGAGAGGAGUGUCCAGUCUCUGGCCCAAGAGGAGUGUCCAGUCUCUGCCCUGAGAGGAGUGUUCAGUUGUUGUUAAUCUGAAUCCCAUUGCCUGGAUGAUGGAGCCUGUGUCCAGGGUACAACUUGCCCUAUUCCUGUUUCUCCUGUGUCCUGCUAACAUCAUCAGCCUUUGGUGGGCGGUGGGAAGUCCCUUGGUGAUGGACCCAAACAGCAUCUGUCGCAAAACCAAGCGAUUGGCAGGGAAGCAGGCUGAGCUUUGCCAAACCGAGCCAGAGAUCGUGAGUGAGGUGGCGAAAGGAGCCAGGCUGGGGGUGCGAGAGUGUCAAUUCCAAUUCCGAAGCCGCAGAUGGAACUGUACCAUCCACAAUAAAUACUUUGGGAAAAUCCUGCAGCAAGAUAUCCGGGAGACAGCCUUCGUGUAUGCCAUCACCUCGGCCGGCGUGACGCAUGCCGUGACUCAAGCGUGCAGCAUGGGCGAGCUGCUGCAGUGCGGCUGUGACAGGUCCAGGAGCCGCUCGCCCCCUCUGCCCACUGCGGGAGCCAGGGCCGAGGGCACGGCCUGGGAGUGGGGGGGGUGCGGCGAUGAUGUGGAUUUUGGCUACGAGAAGUCCAAGCAGUUCAUGGACGCGAGGCGGAAAAAGGGUAAGAGCGACAUCCGGACACUUGUGGACCUGCACAACAAUGAAGCCGGAAGGCUGGCUGUGAAAAACUACAUGAGGACCGAAUGCAAAUGUCAUGGCCUGUCAGGUUCCUGCACACUCAGAACUUGCUGGAAGAAAAUGCCCAACCUCCGUGAAGUGGGUGCCAGGCUCUUGGAUCGCUUCAACGGCGCCUUCAAGGUGAUGGGAGGCAACGACGGGAAGACCCUCAUCCCGGUGGGCCAGAACAUCAAGCCCCCCGACAGGCACGACCUGGUGUACUCCGCCAACUCUCCCGACUUCUGUCUGCCCAACCGCAAGACGGGUUCGCCCGGUACCCGGGGCAGGAGCUGCAACAGCACGGCGCUGGAUGUGAGCGGCUGUGACCUGCUCUGCUGCGGGAGGGGCUUCAGGGACCAGACGGUGGUGGUGGAGGAGAACUGCCUGUGCCGCUUCCACUGGUGCUGCGUGGUGCAGUGCAAGAAGUGCACCGUCCGCAACCAGUUGAGCCUGUGCUUGUGACCGGGCGGUGGGUGGCGAAGGGAAUCGGCGGCGAGCGCCUUGGUGGGGCCGGGGA